AUGGCCUACUUGUACUACCCUACAGUCACCCUGCAACGGGUGACGAACCCGGUGGCGGUGUAUCCUGCGACUUAUGUACCGACGGGCUACUACGUGUCUGCAGCGGUGCCUCUCUACUGCUGCUACACUCAACCGCCUUGCUGUCACUGCGUUCGAAUUGCCCACGCAGAAGCCAACAAGCGAAACGGCACCGGAAGUAAAUGCCGAGGCAGAAGCCAUAGAAGAAUUAGCAUCGGUCAAAGUGAUUACGGAUAUCGGUCGCAUUCACCACAGGGGUGA